GGUGAAAGGUAUUUCUCAAUUUGCCUGGACAUUUUCUGAAGUACAAUUUCUGUAUUGCACAGUUCUUUUAUCUUGCUAUGCAGUUGACUAAGUCUUUGCCUUUAGUAUAACCACAAUGUGUUGCAUAUGUUUACACAGAGUUUGUAAUGAAACUGAGAAGAGCCAGACACAUCCGACUGAAAGCAUUUCUGAUGUCAUCAGAGUACUCCAUGAAAGGGUGGACAACACAGCUAUAUUCAGCAUCUGUGUGACGAGGGAGGACAUGCUCGAAAGGGGGAUGAAGCAGUGGCAGCGCCAGAAGAAAGCGUCCCCCAAAAACCCUCUCAGGGUAACAUUCCUCGGAGAGACCGGGAUUGACAACGGGGCUCUGAGGAAGGAGUUUUUAACUGAAAUGGUGGCAGGUAUACAGAGCAGAUUCUUCGUGGGAGGGGACAAUGGCAAAACCCCCAAGUAUUCAAUGACCGACAUGGACAAACACCACUUCAAGACUGUUGGAGAGAUAUUGGCAGUGAGCAUUGCUCAAGGUGGACCACCACCAAAUUUCUUCAUGGACUGGUGUUACAACUACAUGUCCACUGGAGAACUGGACCAGGAAGCGAUCACUGAGACGGCUGUUACAGAUCCAGAACUCAUUGAUUUAAUACAAGAGAUUCGGGCAGCUGACAACACAUCCCUGAUGGAGUGCACAGACAGGAUUUUGUCAUGUGGAUAUACAGGACCAGUAUCCGUUGAAAAAAAGGAAGACAUUUUGCUUUAGGAUAUUUCCUAAAGUUUAAUGUAAGGUCAAACUUCAGAAUAUAAUUGGACUUGUUUUUGAACCUCUUUUAUUUUACAGAUCUAUUGUCCUAUACUCAACAGUGAGGUUACUUCCUAUGCUCCAGCAAAUCUGCUCCGGUAUGAAGCUGUAUGGCCUCCUCAGCUUGGUCCAGAAAGAAAAGGACAUCUGCAGACAGCUCUUUGUCCUUGGAUCGUUUAGCAAGGUGGAUCACUAUCACCUGUCUUCAGUGAGAAGGGUACAAUGAGGCGUCAGAGAGAGUGCAGAGUAGUAAAUUUUCUGCAGGACUUCAUACAGGACAUGGAGGACGAAGAAGAAGGAAUCAACACGGUCUUGCCUGAAAGCGUUGCCGAGGGUGAAGGUGACAAGGCAGUGCUAAUUAAUGUGGGCAAGUUCUGUCAGUGGCUGACAGGGCAAGCACACAUACCCCUCAGUCACGCAGACUGGGAGGGUUUCAGUAUUACAAUAGAAUUUGAUCAUGAUUGUCAGGUGCGUUUUGGGACCCAUAGCAUCUGUUAUCCAAUUGUGAAUGCCUGCUCGUGCUCAGUAACGUUUCCUGUAGCCCAUCUCACCACACGAGGAGUUCAGAAGGGUUAUUGCUCAAGCUAUAACAUAUGGCUAUGACUUUGGCCGCAGCUGAAUAACUGUUGAAUGUUAUUGAAGUCCAGAUUAAAGACAUGUUUUAGUAGUAUUAAUUGAAAUUUGUCAUCAAAUUGAACAUCUUGUAUUGGCAUUGUCUGUCCAGUCAGAGCUUUUGACUCAGUGCCCAGUAAUUGU